AUGUCCCCGCACCUGUGGCUCCCACUGGCCAUCCUGGCCAUCCACCCCACACCAGGAGCCUUGGAGGACUCAGCUUUCACACCUACCCAAGAAGAACCUGAAGAUCUGGACUGCGGCCGCCCAACGCCCUCAGCCCGCAUCGUGGGGGGCUCCGACUCGCAGCCCGGGGCCUGGCCCUGGCAGGUGAGCCUGCAUCACGGCGGGGGCCACGUCUGCGGGGGCUCCCUCAUCGCCCCCUCUUGGAUCCUUUCUGCAGCUCAUUGUUUCGUGACGAACGGGAGCCUGGAGCCCGCGGCCGAGUGGACGGCCGUGCUGGGCGUGCACUCCCAGGACGGGCCCCUGGAAGGCGCGCACGUCCGCGCCGUGGCCGCCAUCCUCGUGCCGCCCAACUACAGCAAAGUGGAACUGGGCGACGACCUGGCCCUGCUGCGCCUGGCCUCGCCCGCCAGGCUGGGCCCCGUCGUGCGGCCCGUCUGCCUGCCCCGUGCCUCGCACCGCUUCGCCCACGGCACCGCGUGCUGGGCUACUGGCUGGGGGGACGUCCAGGAGGCGGACCCUCUGCCCCUCCCCUGGGUGCUGCAGGAAGUGGAGCUAAGACUGCUGGGAGAAGCCGCCUGUCAGUGCCUCUUCAGCAGGAGAGGCCCCUUCAACCUCACAUUACAACUACUGCCGGGGAUGCUUUGUGCUGGCUACCCAGAGGGCCGGAGGGACACCUGCCAGGCGCGGGCGCGCGCGGAGCGGGUGGCGCGCCUGGUGCCGCACGAGAACGCCUCGUGGGACGACGCCGCCGACCUGGCGCUGCUGCAGCUGCGCGCACCCGUCAACCUGAGCGCGGUCCCGCGGGCCGUGUGCCUGCCCCACCCCGAACACUACUUCCUGCCGGGGAGUCGCUGCCGCCUGGCUCGCUGGGGCCGCGGGGGUCCUGCGCUGGGACCGGAUACGCAGCUGGAGGCCGAGCUACUGAGCGGCUGGUGGUGUCAUUGCCUGUACAGCCGCCAGGGGGCGUCAGUGCCGCUACCGGGAGACCCGCCCCACGCGCUAUGCCCUGCCUACCAGGAGGAAGAGGAGGCGGGCCGAUGCUGGAAUGACUCCAGUUGGAGCCUCCUGUGUCGGGAGGAGGGAACCUGGUUUCUGGCUGGUCUCAGAGAUUCCUUCAGUGGCUGUCUCCGCCCGCGUGCCUUCUCCCCACUGCAAACCCACGGCCCAUGGAUCAGCCAUGUCACGCGGGGAGCCUACCUGGAGGACCAGCUAGCCUGGGACUGGGGUCCUGAAGGGGAGGAGACUGUAACCCAGACUUGUCCCCCUCGCACAGUGCAUGGUGCCUGUGGCCUGCGGCCAGAGGCUCCUCCCAGCAGAUUAUUGUGGCCCUGGUUGGCAGAAGUGCAUGUGGCUGGCGAUCGAGUCUGCACUGGUAUCCUCGUGGCCCCAGGCUGGGUGCUGGCAGCCACUCAUUGUGUCCUCAGGCUGGGCUCCACAACUGUGCCGUACAUUGAAGUGUAUCUGGGCCGGGCUGGGGCCAGCCCCCUCCCACACAGCCACCCAGUUUCCCGAUCUGUCAUCAGCAUCCGCUUACCCAGGCACUUAGGACUUAGGCCUCCUCUGGCUCUCCUGGAGCUGAGCUCUCGGGUAGAACCCUCCCCAUCAGCCCUCCCCAUUUGCCUUCACCCCAGAGGUGUCCCCCCAGGAUCCAGCUGCUGGGUGCUGGGCUGGAAGGACCUCCAGGACCGAGUCCCGGUGGCUGCUACGGUCUCCAUUUUGACACCACAACUGUGUCAUUGCCUGUAUCAGGGCAUUCUGCCCCCUGGGACUCUCUGUGUCCUCUAUGCACAAGGAGAAGAAGACAGGUGUGAGGUGGCCUCAGCACCUCCACUCCUGUGCCAGACUGAGGGAGGAUCCUGGGUCCUCAUGGGCAUGGCUGUCCGAGGGAGCAGCGAGCUGUUUGCAGCUAUUGGCCCUGAAGAGGCGUGGAUCUCCCAAACUGUGGGCGAGGCCCAUAUCCUACCGCACAGUGGCGCCCCCUACUGGUCACCCGGUGGUAGCAACCUCUGCCCCCCAGACAUGGCUGGAGCCUCAGGCUCUGCUCCAGCUGCUGCUUUGUUCCUACUCUUACUGCCUCCCCUAAUCCAGGGCUGAGAGGGAGGGCCUGGUGCCCAGAAUCAUUUCUUCCCUACCAUUCAGCAGUGCUGGAAUGUGGCCCAACCGGCUCUCUCCCAGGCCUGGAGAGGACCUU